ACAAAGAACCAGUAAAAGCCAAAUGGAAAACCAAAUACCAAAGACCAAACCCAAUUGUCUCUCUUCUACCUGAUCAUUUUCUCCAAAACCCUAUUUCAGUCUCUACAUUCCUUUCCUUUUUCUGGACAUUUUUUCCUUAAUUCUUCUCCAUAUCCGGGUCUUUUUUUCUUUUCUUUUUCUUUUCUUCUUCUUCUCUCGCUGAUAAGUCUAAAACCCAAUCGGGGUUCCCGGAGUCACGAUUCCUCUAGUCUAAAGCCACAAUUUUUUUUCCAAUUAGAGAGCAGCUGAAUAAAAAUAAGAGAAAACACAAAAGGCUGUUUAAUUUGGUGAUUUAUUUCUCCUUGUGUAUAUUCUAUAUUAUUGUGGGAUUUUUCCUUUUUCGCUCUUUUUUGCCCUUUUUUUGGGUGGUGUGAUUCUAUGGCUGCUGUGGCUGAGGUUUCCGGUGAGGUGACGGCUGCCAAGAACUUGGAUUCCAAACCCAAUUCGGAAUCCGAAAUAAAUGUGCAGAAGCUCGUUGAAAUGUUCACAAAGUUGAAUCCUUUGGCGAAGGAAUUCUUUCCCUCUUCUUACUCUCAUAAUCAGAACAAUAAUUAUUAUCAGAACAAUGGUCAAUUGUCGCCCAAUUAUUUUCUGGCCGCCGAUAAGUUGCCAGGAAACGAUAAUUCUCCGAACAAUCGAAGGAGAAGAAACAACUACAACCAGGGGAGGAGAAGGUUGAACGGAAGAUCUUUUAAAGCUCAACGAGAGGAUAGUAUUAGACGAACAGUUUAUGUUUCUGAUAUCGACCAGCAUGUCACUGAAGAGCGGCUUGCUGCCUUAUUUAGUAGUUGUGGCCAAGUUAAUGAUUGCCGAAUUUGUGGUGAUCCACACUCAGUUCUUCGUUUUGCAUUUGUGGAAUUUGCUGAUGAGCAUGGUGCACGAGCAGCUCUAAAUCUUGGUGGGACAAUGCUUGGGUACUAUCCAGUUAGGGUCUUACCUUCAAAAACUGCCAUCCUUCCUGUGAAUCCUACAUUCCUUCCUAGGUCAGAGGAUGAACGGGAAAUGUGUGCCAGGACGAUCUAUUGUACAAAUAUUGAUAAGAAGGUUUCUCAAACUGAAGUGAAGAACUUCUUUGAAUCAGCUUGUGGUGGUGAGGUUACUCGCUUGAGGCUUUUGGGGGAUCAUGUUCAUUCAACUCGUAUAGCUUUUGUUGAAUUUGAACUUGCAGAAAGUGCCAUUACUGCACUGAGUUGCAGUGGGAUGCUCUUAGGAACCCAGCCCAUUAGGGUAAGUCCUUCGAAGACACCGGUGAGGCCACGAGUUGCUCGCCCAACAUUGCAUUAACUAUAAAUCAUAGUCGGAAACGCAUGGAUGGAAUUUGUUCCGACUUUCCCAUCGAGAGAAACUUUGUUGAGUCGAAGGAUGGUGAAACUUUCUUUUGUUUCGGCAUUUCCAUCUUUUUUUUCUUUGCAACGGUUACUUUUUCGGUGACUGAACAUGUGAUCCUGCUUCAAAUGAAGUUUUUACAGGACCGGGGUUCUCGAUCUUUAAGAACGUUUACCUU